GGCCGAAGUUCGAGGAGACGGGUGGCAAACGGCUUCGAGCGUACGUAGCACUCACGUGUGCCAGUGAUGCCUGAAGACUAUAUUGUGUAUAUAAAGAGGCAAAGGAAAGGGGAGGUGACGUCUUCUUCGCUAUCAUCAUAUUCCCUAUCAUCAAUAUGCCUUCAGUCACCUACAUGAAUCAAUGGGGAGGCUGGGGAGGUCGCGGAAGAUCCUUCAAUCCCUUCGAAUUCGCGGCUGGGCUCUUCGAUCCCGACCAAGCUGAUAAGAAUAAGGAUAGUGAGGACUUCAGUCCAGAGACGGACGUGUUCGACACACCAUCAUCAUUCUAUAUCCAUAUUUCAUUGCCUGGUGCAAAGAAAGAAGAUGUUGGAGUGAACUGGGACGCUGAGAAGUCGGAGCUUUCAAUUGCUGGUGUCAUCUACAGGCCAGGAGAUGAAGACUUCCUGAAGACCUUAGCAAUGGACGAGAGGAAGGUCGGGCCGUUUGAGAGGAAGAUUCGUCUGGGUACGCGUGCAAAUCCUGCUCAGAUCGAUGCGGAGGGAAUCACAGCCAAGUUAGAGGAUGGAGUCCUUCGGGUCGAGGUGCCAAAGUUGGAGAAAGAAGGCUUUGUGGAGGUGAGGAAGGUUGACAUUGAAUAAGACGUGGAACGCGUUUGGUAUCAUAUCAAUCGUAUUGAUAUACUUUGUAAUGGCAAUUCUGGUAUGACGGUGGGUUGAUCAGGGUCAGUAUCUAGUAAGUAUCUAGAAUUACUGUACUGUAUAUGGUGGUGGUUGUACUUGUACAUACUUGUAUGGCGGGGUAGUUGGUGGCGUUCCAGGUUGGCC